GCAAAACCCAAAGCAACACGUCGUAUAACGAGGCGUCUCACGCGAUCGUUGGUUCGCGGGUCUCUUUCGAUCCGUUUCGUGCCUUCGUUCUCCGAGGUCUCCCCUUCCUCCUCGCCUUCCCGGCGGAUGAUCCGCCUCCGCCGGCGGUGGCAGCGACGAGAGAGGAGCGGAAGACGAUGGAGGGCGCCUCGGAGGAGCUCGAGCGCCGAAGCCGCUACCUUAGCUCCCUUAUCCAGCGCACCAAGCUCAAGCCCGACGGCGAGCCGGAGAAGCGCCGCCAGCAGCCGGCAAAGCCCGACAAGGAGAAGCAUCGCCCCCACCGUCAGCGGCGGGAGAAGAAGGAGGAGGAAAGGGAUGGGGAUGUCGAUGGCGGCGAGGAUGAUGCGCAGGAACAGCGGCAGAACGUGCGGGUGAGGGCGGCGGACAUGCCGCCGGCGCUCCAGAAGCGGGCGUUCCGGUGCGCCCGCGAGACGCUUGCCGCCAUGCCCAAGCUCGACAGCAAGCGGCUCGCGCUAGCUCUCAAGAAGGAAUUUGAUUUAUCAUAUGGCCCAGCUUGGCACUGCAUUGUGGGUACAAGCUUUGGUUCGUACGUCACGCACUCUUUGGGAGGUUUCUUGUACUUCUCCAUCGAUAAAGUCUACAUUCUUCUAUUCAGGACAGCUGUUGAGCCAUUAGGCCAUUGACGAGCACAUCACAACUCAAAGGAGUGGUUCCAACUAAAUGUAGAUGCUUGAAGUACUGUAAGUUUUAUCAGCAGACCUGCACAUCACUGCUGAACAUGCGGUAACAAUGUGAAAAAUAUGUGUAAUUGUAAUUUGAAAAGGGCAUGAAACAAUUGGCUGUUGUUCUUUGUCUUGUCCAACAUACUAAGCACUGCUGUGAUGGCAUUCCUGAGAUGUCAGAUGUGCUGAAUGUAUUCGUCAUUGAUUGGAUAAAUUGGCAGAUUUAGAUGCUGUUUGUAGCAUGAUGGAGCUUA